CUGUCCUCUCCGUCUCUUCUUGUGUGCAGCCAUGGCGGAGUUAGACCUGAGUCUGAGCGACGCGCUGACGGACGGCGCUCCCCAGCCGGGCCCGGAGAGCCUGGUGGAGAGGGACUUCGUGGCCCAGCUGGAGGCGGAGGCCUUCGACGACCAGGUCGGGGAGACGGUGGGGAAGACAGCCUAUGUGCCCCUGCUGGACAAUGACGACACCAGGGCAGGUUGUAAGCUGCCCGCGGGGGGACAGGCGUCGGCAUUGCGCCCAGAGCCGCAGGGAGAGGUGCGACCACGCUCAUUCGACCUGCAGCAGGCCUCGGCUACAGACUUCUUAUCAGCCUCCAUGGCGGGUUAUUCGGAUCCUGUGGGCUCUCAGACCAGCCCUGCCCACAUGAUGGAUACUGGCCGGACGGGAGCUUUUCCAGCUUUGGUCAACGUGGAGGUCGGGGCUGCACCCCUCUCAGCAGAGAGGAUUCAGAGUAUAGCGGAACCCCAUCAUGCCACACCCGCAGUGGGUUCAGAAGCCCCCAAAGACCACAGCCCCAUGCUGCCUGAACCCCAGACUCCUCGCAGCCCUCUGGAUCUGUCAUCAGGUGCUUUAGACUGCUGGCCAGACGAGGCCGGCUGCCUGCCCACAGACCUCCCUUUCAGCCCCAGCGUUUCCACGGUGAUCAGUCGCCACGCUGGCCAUCUCGCCGUUAGCCCCGACGACCCACCCGAAAGUUGGCCUAUCAGAGAGAGCACUGCCUAUGCUGGGGGCGACGAAAGGGAGGGAGAAGGUUCAGACCGAAAACAGAAGAAGAAGAAGAAAAGGCGACAGAAAGAUGAGGGAUCUUAUGAGCCCCUCGAGAGCAGGGCUCACCCUGAGGUGCAAACGCAGGGAGAAAACACUCCCCCAACAGAGGAGUUCUACAACCGGAUUGGCCCAAGGCGGGAUAGAGGAGACGGUGGCUGGGAGGAGCAACUUGGGAAGAGUGGAGGCCGGGGGAAGAAGGGUAAGAGCAGGAAGAAGCUUCCGGAGGAGUGGGGAGUGACGGCAGAACCGUCUGUCCCUUCGGCUGCAGCGACCUCUCAAAUUACAGAGGAGGUGAUGAUGGAUGUAGGGAGUUCUGUUCAGGCAAAUACGGAGGCCUCGUUUGCGGACAAGGAUGCCAGCCAAAGUUUCUGGAAAAAGGAUGUAUUCCCCGAAGAAGGCCUGGUCCCUUCCCCCCUGUCUCAGGACAUAUUCUCACCAGCAGUUGCUUCCAUGAACCCACUGGUGCUGAACAGCGAGCUGAAAGCCACAGCGGCUCCGUUCACCAUGCCCUCCGCCACCAACAGUGCAACACUAGGCUCCCUCCCCAUGGCUCCUCGCCCUGGUGAUCCAUUCGACCUCCUGAUGGAUACUGAAAAUGCAAGCUCAGGCAACAGCAGCCAGGUCUUUUCACCCGGUGGUGACAUGGUUGAAAGUUCCCUCCAAGAGCCUUGUGUGCGUGGCACGCCUGAGGGAGACACCUCUGCUUUCAGCCCCGCCUCCCAGCCAAGCCCACGCCUUUCCCCGAAAGGCGAGGUGUUAGCCUCGGCCCCACCUCUCUCACCCUCAGAUGCUUCAUGGCUCCUGAACGACUCCAACAUGAGCAGCAACAGCGAGCUAUUUGACUUCAGUGAGGUGAGCGCUUCAGAUCAUCCUUCAACCUUGGGGCUGUCCUUUGACACUCCUAGCCCAGCCCCUCUCCGCUCCCCCAAAACCACAGCGCAGGAAUUCCAACCUAAAGAGCAUAAAGAUGCCAAAUCGGCCCAGAAGCAACCCAAGAAGUCUCGUUCUUCAUCCUCCUCCUCUGUAAAGAGUCCCACCUCCCCAGGGACAAAGAAUUUCCCUCGACAAGCAUCCCCAGCCACCAGCCCCUCCUCCCCUCCACCAGUAAGCCCAGGAUCUGGUCUUAACCCUACAGCUAAGCCCUUCUUUCCCAGCUUUGCUGAUUCCAUGGAAGAACCAGCUGUGGUCCCUCCAGUUGCCCCCAUCAUCGAAGUAAAAUCCGACAAGAUGGCCAAGGCAGAGAAGGAGGAGGAGAAGCCGGAGGACCAAGUAAAGAACGUGGACCUGUUCGACCCUCUGUUUGAUAGAGCUGAGCAGAAGAGCGUGAAGGUGGAAUACGCAAUCAGCGAGACUCCAGCCAAGGUGGAGAAAGAGAUGGAGAAGGAGACACAGAAAGAGAAGGAGAAAGAGGCAGAGACACAGAAGGAGAAGGAGAAAGAGGCAGAGACACAGAAGGAGAAGGAGAAAGAGGCAGAGACACGGAAGGAGAAAGAGGCAGAGAAGGAGAAGGAGACAGAGAUGAAGGAUGCAGGGAAAGUUAAAGAGGAGAAAGAGAUGGACAAAGUGAAGGUGACGGAGAAACAGACAGAGAAGGUGGAUGAAAAGAAGGAGACAGAAAAGGAAAAAGAGAAAGUUGAGUCAAUUCAGCAGAAGGCGGAAAUGAACAAGGUAGAAGAAUCACAGGAUAAAUUGGCAAAGACGGAGAAAGUAGUAAAAGUGGAGAAAACCGAGGAUGUGGGAAAAGUGGACAAAAAUGAAAAGUCCACAGUGCACGACAAAACGGAAAACACUGAGAAGCUUGAGAAAACAGAGAUGAAGGAUGGCAAAGAGCAGCACAUGGACAAAGCGGAGAAGACCCCGGAGCAGCAGCCGACACUCGUCAAGCUAGAUACCAGUUCUGACAGGCUGGAGAAGAAGGCCGACACGGAGACAAAGGCGACACCAGACGUGGGAGACGCCAAGAAAGAGAAGGCCGAUGCAGACAAAGCCAAGGCAGCGGAGAAAGAGCCCAAGAAGCCGGCGGAGAAGGGUGAUAAGGAGGAGAAGCAGGACAAAGUGCAGGCCAACAAAAAGAUUGUGGAGAAAAAGGACGACAAGAAGGACAAGGCUGCAAGAGCAGACGGAGGAGAGAAGGCCAAAAAAGCAAAACCUGCAACCAAUGGAAGCAGCGCCCCACUGAGCAGGGACCUGGCAAGUGCAGACAGGAAGACAAAGCCGGCUGCCGGGGCGAACAAACCGAGCGCUGCUGCUGCUAAAACACGUCUGGGAACUGCAACUGCCGGUGGCUCGCUCACGGCUCCUACUAAGCGCCCCGCGUCCUCCACCACCACCUCCAUCUCAGACAAAAAAACAACCACAACCAAGGCCCCAUCCACAGCCGCCGCUGGUCCAAAGCGGCCCUCCACCACUUACACCAGCCGCCCAGCAUCAUCCACCACCACUACCACUGCACGGGACGUCAGGCCCAAGACAACUACAGAGAGGCGCCCCCUUGUGCCAAAGGCCAGCACCACCACCUCAGCAGGCUCCACCGCUGCCACCAAAAAUGGAACCGCAUCAACAGCAGCCAGUAAAACUGCUACAUCAGCACGCACGGCACUGUCUACUCGCACCGCUACCACCACUGCAGCCAGAAGGCCUCUGGCCCCCAAGACAGACGGCAAACCGGGAGAGGAGAAGAAGCCCGGCGCUCUGAGGACUUCUACAGCAGACUCUACCAAGCCCAAGACCACCACCAGCACCACCACCCGCAGCACCGCUUCCACGGCCGCUGCCUCUCGCACCCGAACCGCAGCAACCAAACCGGCCACGCCCUCCUCCUCCACCACCACCACUGGUGCGGUACCAGAGAAGAAGCCCACGGUGCCCCGCACCCCUCGGCCCACUUCCUCAUCCACCACCACCGCCGCCUCUAGGGCCACGGCUCGGCCCAGCACGGCACCGGCCCCCGACAUCCGCAACGCCCGCUCCAAGAUCGGCUCCACGGACAACAUGAAGUACCAGCCCGGAGGAGGGAAGGUGUCAUCCACCUCUCAGAGCAGGGCCGCCGCCUCCAAAGAAACCAGCCAGGGCAAAGUUCAGAUAGUCUCCAAAAAGCUGGACUUCAGCCACGUCGCCUCGCGCUUGGGCUCCAAGGACAAUAUGAAGCACGUCCCUGGUGGAGGGAAUGUGCAGAUCCUCAACAAGAAGGUGGAUUUGAGUAAGGUGACGUCAAAGUGUGGAUCCAAGGACAACAUCAAGUACAAGCCUGGCGGUGGGGUCGUGAAGGUCGAGUCCCACAAAGUGAGCUUCAAGGAAAAGGCUCAGUCCAAAGUGGGCUCCGUGGACAACUUGAGCCAUUCACCUGGUGGAGGAGACAUCAAGGAUGAGGGAGCCCAGCAGACAACAGAGGGGAGCGGGACCCCCCUGAGUGGCACCGUGGCCCCGGGCCCCGAGCCGGGGCAGGCAGGGUGCCCCGCUGCCCAGGAGAACGGGCUGAAGGAGGGGGCUCCCUGCACUAGUGAGGGCCUCCGGGAGCCCCAGGCUCUGGACUCACGCAUCCCAGAGACGAAUUGAGUGUUUCAAGCUCAACUUCCGCGAGAAUGCUCGCUCUCGCACGGACCACGGCGCCGACAUCAUCACCUGGCCGGCCCCCCGGGACGACGACGACAACAGACCCCGCCCACACGGCUCC